UGUUUCUUUAACCUAACCUAACCUAUUUUAAAAGUUUCGUUUUUAGAAUGUGUGUAAACAUCGUACAUAGUGAUAGAGAAAAUUUUAUACAAUAAUUAAUACAAUACUGAGCAAUUUAAUUAUCAUGGACCAAACUAAGUUAUCGGAUAUGAAAGCUAUUUCCUUCAGAUUUGAUGAAGAAUAUAGUCCACACAGUAUGUACAUAAAGGAAUAUCUUCCUAAAAACUAUGAUGAAGAGAAGCCUUUAGGAAGAACAUUAUUUGUGUCAAGGGUUCCCCUAUACGUUGAUGAAUCUGACAUGAAGAAACUGUUUUCCGAAGUUGGUGAAGUAUUGACUGUUACAUUACAAAAAGGAAACGCAGAUAUGGAAUAUUAUAUUGCUGGCUUUCAAUGUGCUUAUGUUGUAUAUAAAACCAGGGAGAACUUAGUUAAGGCCUUAAAUAUGGAAAAGUUUAAAACUUUGUCUGAUGAUAAGUACACUCCGCUAAGAGGAUUACAGAAGUACAUAAAAGAGUAUAAUAACAGUAUUCGAAGUCAUGCAGAUUUAUUAGAAGAUGCCACAAAAGCCAUUCAAUUAUAUGACAAACAAGAGGAAGAAAGAAAAUUGAAUGAAAAGAACAAAACAGAUGAUGAUGGUUGGACUGUGGUGACUUCAAAGGGUAGGAAAAUAAAUGCAGAACUUGCGGAGAAAUUGAAUAAUCAAAGGAAAAAGAAGGAGCUGAAAAAUUUCUAUACUUUCCAAAUCAAAGAAUCGAAAAAGAAGAAUUUAGAAAUGUUGAGAGAGGGAUAUGAAGAAGCUAAAAGAAAAGUCGCUAACAUGAAAAAAAAUAGAUCAUUCAAGCCUUAUUAGUGAUCAUAAUAUUUUCUAUAAAAAUUAUUCAAUUUUUAGGAAUGAAUUUUGAUCACUGUAUGAGUUUUUUGUGUAUAUAUUAUCAUAUUUUAUAGCAAUGAUAAGUUCUCUAAUUCUUAUGAAGUUGUAAAUAAAUGAACUAAAUUUUGUUGAAAUAUAAAGCUUAAAAAAAAUAUAUGAGAGUU